AUGGAUGAAUCUCAGGUACUUGACUUGAAAGUUUUGGACGAAACAGACGAUGAAUUGGAGGAAUUUGAUGGGAUUGCUAACAUGCAAGGAAAUAUUGCAGAUGAUCCUGAACUCACCGGCUGGUGCCAAGAUUGGGAUAAUUCUGGAUGGGACGAUGAAGAUGUCGAUGAACAAUUUGUAGAUAGAAUUAUGAAGGAACUAGAGAAUUACAAAGCUAGUAUUAAUAAAAAUUAA